AUGGCAGAAGCUCUGGCUGUGUUAGGUGCCGCUGCGGCCGCUUUACAGUUCGCAGAGGUGAGCUUUAAAAUCGUUUCACGAGGUAGUGCUCUGGUGCGCAAAUCUCGCGAAUAUCCGGAAUGUCUCCAAAGAGCACACAGCCAAAUCCGAAAUCUCAUAUAUCUGGCAAAAGUGACUGCAGACAAUGCAGAUUCUUUUCAAGUUGCCGCCUCUACCUCACAGCAUGCCGCCGAUCAACACGGACCCCAACCGGCAGAUAGCCAGAGCGCUUCUUUGGCGGUGACGUCGAUUCAAUUGGAGAAAGUGUGGAAAGAUUGUUUCCGGCAAGCGGUAAUUUUGGACGAUAUUCUUCAGAAUAUGAUACAGGAAGUCGAAGGCAAAGGAUUGAUUGGGAUAUGGAGAAAACUUCGCCGACAGGAGAGACUGGACAGUAUUGAGAGGGCGCUUAGCGAACUGGAAAGGUCUAAGGCAACCCUGGACCUGUGGUUAGGGAACGAAUCCCUACGUCGAAUGGAAGCAGCUUUGCCUCGCAUAUUGGAGAAUCACCACCAAAUGAACGAGAAUGUAAUUUCUACUGUGACUCAAUCGGCGCAACUUAACUCCUCUUCAAGCAACGACGCAAUAGCUAUACCGCAAACAGGAAACCAACAAAGAAAUCCAAGAAGUGCAAAAAAGCAUUAUAAAGGACACAGACUACAGCGCUUUGAUAACUCAAAUAUAAACUUCUCUAGCUUCAGUAAAGUUGAGUGGAAAAGAGUGCUCACUCUUGCAGGGAACACUGUAGUUGUUCAACUUGGGAGCCAGAGCAAACUGCCUUUUAAGACAACGUGUAAAAUUGACAGAAAUAAUUUUUUGAGCAUUUACAUACGAUUACGAACUACCUGGCUUUUUGACGCGAUCGAGAUAAAUUUCUCGCUUCAACAACAUCCAAGCGCCCCAUCUAUACAAGCUUCACUCAAAGCCCAGAUACGAGUCAAGGCCUUGCCACUUAAAACUUUCUUUGUGGAUAUUUAUGGAUAUCGGAAGACGCGAAAUUCCACGGACAUAAAAGAGAUACCUUCUAGAGAAAAGCAAGAGUAUCUGUUCAACGUGGCACGAAGGUUACUACUGCAAAACUUCUAUGCUGGAAGGGCUUCCCCAAGUGAUAUUGAUUCAAGAGGUCAAACACUGCUCCAUCUUCAAUCUGAGCUAUACAUGCCGGGAUAUGAGAUCCUUUUCACAAAGAUGACCGAGUUCUUGAUAUCAUGGGGAAUCGACCCUGAAGUAAUGGAUAAUCAUCUUAGGACGGCACAAAGUGAACUCUGUACUAAAAUUUUGCUUGACAAGGCUGUUUCACAUGCUCUCACAGGACAGACCCUAUUAUCAUGGACCGGCCCUCCAAAAGGGCGGAAGAUGGGAGCGUUAGUCAUUCUCCAAUGUAUCCACUACUGGCCGGAAGCCAUAUUAGUCUACUAUACACAUACAGACUAUGGAGGCAUCUGCGAUAUUGUUUUGCGAAGAUCAACAGAUGAUCUGCAAAAGUUCAUAGACCACGACGAUCACGACUCAAUGAAGAGUGACAAUUUAAAUUCUCCUUUACAUUUUGCAGCUGCAGCCUCAUGGCCUGAAGGGGUUGAAUUACUGAUAUCCAAAGGAUAUGAUAGGUUUCAAAGAGAUGCUGGUGGGUUUUACCCCGUCGAGUAUGCCAUUAACAUCGAAUGUAUUCCUACUAUAAGGAUCCUUUUAUCGGGUGACUGCCGGGAACUCUUUAAACAUACAUGUAGUACACCAGGCCAGAACACUGAAUUACGUCGGGUAAGUCUCCGGACAGCAUGUACUGAUAACCCAGAGCUUCAAGAUGUCGUCAUUGAAUGUUUAUCUCGACAUAAAUUUCUUUUCCCAAAACUGUUACCAUACCACUAUUUUGCGAGUCUAUUGUGGACAGGUACCAUCGACUUCGUACAAAAGCUUUUCGCGGCUGGCUUCCAGGACAUUGAUGCAUAUGAC